GAGAUUUUAUAAGUCGUUAUUGCUUUAAUAUGUAUUCAAAUACUUUGAUAAAUCUCUAUCUUAAAAUUGCUCUUUAAAAAUUACUUAGCCAAACAAAGCGAAAUCGAUCGUAAUGAAACGGACCUGUUCUUGAUUCCGCUCCAGCGCAUGCGCAGUAUUCUUCGAAAAGUUCCAUAUUGCCAUGCUUCAUAAAUAAUAUUCGAACAUACAUUUUUAUGUUCUUGGCAUUUAUUCGUGCUUUAACAUUCGUUCGAGAGUUAGCAAAUAUUUGGAAAACAUUUCAGAAAUACGUUGGUGCUUUUAAAUUAAUGCAUUUUGUAAAAAUAGUUUGUUUCAAUGCAGUUUUUAUACAGAAUCUGCGAAUGGUGGUAACCCCUAACAAUAGAAUCAUCGUAAUCAGCUGAUUGUAUUUGUAAACAAACUAAAUACUUAUUUCGAAGCAAUAAGAAAGGAAGGAGCGCAAUGGGAAAGAAACGAAACGCAAAGCAGGAAGAGAUUAUGCUCUCCUUUAUGCAGCAAAAUGAAGGAAUUGCUAAAGGUUAUUCGAAAGGCGACAGGGUUCUGAUUGAAGCGAAAUGGGCAGAACUAACCAGCUCCCUCAAUGCUGUCGGUCCGCCCUGCAAGGAUUUGGGUGGGUGGAAGAAGUCUUGGGUGGAUUGGAAGGCCACUAUCAAGAAAAAGCUGGCAAGCAACCGCCGAGAAAACAUGGCCACUGGUGGCGGCCCAUAUUCGCAGCAGGUUAUUUCCCCCACUGAAGAAGCAGUUGCGGUGGUUUGCAACCUUUACAGGGCUGUAGAAGGUAUUAGGGGCGCAAAUACUUUUGGCCACGCUUCAGUCCAAAGCGUAGUUGUCGGCGAGGAGGCCACCGACCUUGCUGCUGAAAAUGUUGGCGAUGAAAGCAACACAAGCUUUAUAGAAGUGAUUGACGAUACAAUCGAAGCCACUGGGCCACAAAGCACAUCAAGGCAGCGUCGACAUUCAACUGACGCAUUCGAAGUGGUUUGCAUUGAGCAAAACAGUAUACUAAACCGUAUUGCCAAUGUAUUGGACGAAGUGCUGGUGCAGAAGAAAAACGAGUUCAAAGUAAUGGAGGAAAAAGAACAGGAGAGGAAAAGACACUAUCAAAGAAUGGAAGAAAUAGAGCAGGAGAAAUUGGAAACGCUAAAGAAGUUUCUAUAAUGCAAAGUUAAAGUUGUGAAAAAUAUCAUAUGUUGCUGUGAAUCUGUGUUCAUUAAAUAUAAGUGAUGUGUAUAAACGUGUGUAGAUGUAGCAAAUUUCCCAGCGAAAAUUCAAAAUAAUUCCUAGUGGUAACUAAUUAUUGAAGGAAUUACGAUUACUUUUAACUAUGCAUUUCUGGUAACGCAAAAUGGUAUAUAAGGCAUUACCACCUAUAAUAAGAUAAUAUUGAAGUAAUAUAUUUCUGAAACUAAAGUUAUUGCCGAAUAUUGCUGAUGAGCUUAUCAUAUGUAGGUGUUAAUGCCGUGCAUACCAUUUUGCAUUGCCAGAAAUGCAUAGUUAAAAGUAAUCGUAAUUCCUUCAAUAAUUAGUUACCACUAGGAAUUAUUUUGAAUUUUCGCUGAGAAGUUUUGCUACAUGUAGGUUUUCAUAUACAUAUAUACAGUUGCGCUCACGUAAAUAGCACACCUGUAUUCACAAUGUUUUGCGUAAUAAAUUUUGUUCGUUAUUUAUUUAUAAAAAUAUAGAAGAUUCUAAGUAUAAAACUCUGAGCACAAUUCAGGAAAAUGAAACAAAUCUCAAAGUUUUUCUACUUUAGAAACUUAUUGGGUAUGCAGUUUUGUAGCCCAUUCAAUUUUAGAAUACUAAUGUACAGGUUUGAAAAUUCUGAAAAAUAAAUAAUAAAUAAAUAACGAACAAAAUUUAUAACGCAAAACAUUGUCAAUAUUGUAAGAAAUAAAAGUGUGCUUUUUACGUGAGCGCCUAUGUACAUAUACAUACAUAUACAGUUACUCAAAAAUUUUUUAUUUGAUUUUUACACGACAUUGAAAAUGUUUUUCAUG